UGGCUAAACUUUGAGUAGAAGAAGAGUCAGGAGGCGAGACUCGCACAAAGACAUACAUGCCUUGUACCUGAUGUUGUUGUGGAAUAUUUUGUGUUCGGUAACUGCGGCUCGGCCCGAGGAACAUUUAUGUUUAUUGAGGUUUUUAUGAAAGUGAGCUGUAAGAUUUUUAGCUAAAAUGUUGAGCGUGGAUUCGCUGCAAGUCGCCGAGGAGGAGGUGGUCGAGUCCAGCUCCAACAAACUCGGUGACAUUUACACUUAUGUUGCCAAAGGCUGUUUUCCUCAGAGCAUGAAUUCUUUACGAAAGAAGAACCUCCGAAGAUACGCAGAGAAAUUCGUGAUUGACGACGGCACGUUGUACUAUGUGGGACCCAAGAAAGAGGAGAAGAGGGAGGUGGUGAUCGAGGCUGAGAGGAAGAGGCAGAUUUUCCUCGACUGUCACUUCAAUGACAUCGGCAAUCACCUGGGCCAGAAGAAGACCGUUCACAGGAUCCAGAGCAAGUACUACUGGCUCGGCAUCGUCAAUGACGUGGUGGACUGGAUCAAAGUGUGUGAGACGUGUCAGCACAUGGAGCGGAAUAAAAACAUGGCGAGAACCGUGCGGCCCAUAAAGGUGGACGCACCGUGGGACGUUGUCGGGAUUGACAUCAUAGGUCCUUUUCCUGAGACGCAGCAGGGCAACACGUAUGUCGUCGUCCUCAUCGAUUACUUCAGCAAAUGGCCCGAAGUGUUUCCAGUACAAAGGGCCGACAGCCUCUCUAUUGCAAGAUGCGUCUCCAAGUGUAUUUACAGGUUCGGUGCCCCGAAAACUAUCGUGUGCUCGCAGAACUCUGACUUCUGCGAUGAGGUGACGAAGCAGCUGGCCGACAGAUGGAACGUCGUGCAGAAGGUCUCUCCCGUGGAUCAGCCUCAUCUCAACCCGCUCCACGACUGCACGAGUACGACGCUGAGGGAAGCUGUGGUGCAGAUGGUGACGGAGAAGCAGAGCGAGUGGGACGACUUCCUCGACCCCGUGCUGUUCUUGUUCCGCACGUCCACCAACCCCAUGACCAAGUUCACGCCUUACUCCCUCAUGUUCAACAGGAAAGCAAACUUACCCAACGAGAUGUUACUGAGCCCGGUGAAUUAUGAAGACCUCGAGCAGGAUAUGUGUUCCACAAAGGAGGAGGCGUCCACAUAUUUGGCAAUAAUGCAGGCGCAGCAGAACUGUGUCAAACAGCUGGUUUUAACCAACAUGAACGCAGCCUAUAAACAAGAGAAGAAGAAGAAGAAAAAGGCCAAGACCAUGACGUCCAACGCGUCCUCAAUGACUUUUAAAAUUGAGGAUCCUCUGUUCGACGAGGGAGACUCGCCCUCGCCGAAGAAAGUCAAGAGUGAGAGUUUAUAUUUGUCUUUCCCCGUGGACACGGUGCUGUCCACCGAGCAGAGCGGCUCCGACGACAUCAAGACGGAGCCGGUGUAUCACCUGACCGAGUCUGACGCCCACUGAGUUUCAAACGGAGACGGAAGACGAGAGAGACACACAGACGGAGCAUGACCACGUCACAGUGAUGCGUUUGAACAUCUUGGACAGAAGACGCUGGAAAUCCAGUGAAAAGACGAACCUCGGAAACAGAAUUCACUGACUCAAGCAAAACUCUCAUUGUUUCUCAUAAAAACGUUCUUAACUUAUUCAUUUUCACUUUGUCAUAAAACACAUUUAUUGAGCUGCAAUACUUAGAAAUAAAAGGUAUUGUUUCACUUGUGAAGCCUCGUGUGCAGCCAUUACAUGAAAGGAAUACUUCAGAGUAGAUUUUUAAUAAAUCAGGCCAAUUAUGACAUUAUAGGUUUAUAUUUUGUUCCCAGAAACUAGCUAAAUUAACUCAAAUAUUUUUUUUUAUUUUUUUUUUAUAUACAUUAUAUCAGUUCACAGGACUGGAGAGAUGAGAAAUUUUGUGUAUCAUUAAUGUUAAAUAUUGCUUUUUAUUAGAUGGUUGAGAAAGAAAAUGCCCACGUCAGUUGACCACGACUUCAGAGCAAUUGUUAUUUUUUAAAAAGUAUUUUUUUGUACCGUUUGGACGUAUUUUGGACACUCUCUGUUGCUAUGUGUCAGUACAAAAGACCACUUUCAGUGUAAAAUAUAUAAAAUAUAAUGCUAAUUAUUGCUGUUUCAUUUACAAAAGUAAGUGUUCUGUCAACUUUGGAUUUACGAAUAAUGAUAAUUUAUCAUUAUUCCUGUAGCAACUUCAACAGAUGGACGCUGACACGUAAUUGUACUAAUGUCUUAUUUGUUUCACAUUAAGUGAGUAGAUCAGUCUAUAUUAAUCUAUGCGGUUUUAAAUGCAACUAAUCCAUCAUCUUCAUAACUGAUUAAUCUGUCAACUAUUGGUCCAUAAAAUGUUGGAAAAUGUUGAUCUGUAUGACCAUAGCUCCAAGCAUAAAUACAAACAUGUUUGAAUUCA